AUGCGACAGGACGUGGUGCUGAACGUGUACCCCGAGCCCUCCUUUCGCCGCGCGCUGGUCGAGCCGCUGCGCGUUAUAGUGGGGCUUGCGGUUGGUCUCCCCAGCUUUGUGCGUGCCUAUGAGAUGGCGCAUGGCAAGGAGGCCAAUCCAGACCUGCCGCUGGUGAGCCUGCAGAUCGUGUGUGUUGGCUUGCCAAUGGUAACGCUGGGCCUCGCGCUCUUCGCGAUUGGCUUGCGCGAUGGCCUCAUGCCGCUCGGGGACCUGAUCGGCCGCACGCUGAUGCACGAGAAGCGCGAGAUGGUGCCUGGGGUGGGCUUCGCGCUCGGCCUGCUGCUCACGUUCGGCGAGCCCGCGAUUGGUGCCUUGGUUGAGGUCGCCUACGUGGCGUGGGAGUUCCCGACCAUCCAAGGUCUGCUCGGCGCGUACCAGGAGCUCACUGUUGGCGGUAUCGGCAGCAGCGUGGGGCUCGCUGUCUCGCUUGGGUGCUGGCGGCUCAGCAGAGCAGACCACGGGGGCGGCUGGUCGCUCUCGCAGAUGAUCACCCCCGUUGUGCUGAUAUGCCUCGCGGUGACUACGGUCACGCCGCUCGCCGCUCAGGGCCUUGCCUGGGACGCGGGGGCGGUCACCACGGGUCCAAUCACAGUGCCGGUUGUCCUCGCGCUCGGCGCGGGGUUGGCGAGCGAGGGGAGGCCAGCCUUUGGCAUCGUCACCUUUGCCUCGCUCAUGCCCGUCAUAUCGGUCACCUGCAGCUGCCACGCGAUCCAGCUCUGGAAGCUGCUCACCGGGCGCGACACCUCGGCGGAGCGGCCGGCGAGGGCGGAGCACGUUGAUGACCUUCUGCAGGUGGCGCGCGAGGAGGCGAUCCUCACGGCCCGGAGCUUCCUGCCGCUCAGCCUGGGGCUCAUUAGCGUGCUAUUCUACCUGAAGAUACCCUGGCGGGUGCUGACGACGCGGCCAGUGCCACGCGGGCUCGGAAAUGUGCUGCUCGGCCUCUACGCCUUCUUCGUCGGCAUCAAGGUGGGAGUGCUACCAAUGGGGCGCAACGGGGGAAUGCGGCUGACCGAGGGAGUCUUCUGCGAGGACGGCGCGGUGGACCUGACACGUGCGCUUGGGAUUCUCCUCUUCGGUUUCCUCACCAUCUUUGCGUGUCAGAUGAUCGAGCCGGACUUGCUCGUGCUCGGUCGCCAGAGCGUGCACCGCGCCCUGGUUGCAGGGGGGCAGGCGGAGACGAUGUCACUCGGGCGGGUGUCAAAACUGAGGCUGGUGGCGACCGUGUCCGUUGGAUGCGGCAUUGGUACGGUGGUCGGCAUUCUGAAGGUGCUGCUGAACGUGCCGCUGCUCCUGAUGCUGAUCCCGCCCUACCUCAUCGCGCUUGCGCUCACGUGCGGCCAGGACGACUUUAUCGUUGGCCUCGCUUGGGACGCCGCAGGUACUACCACCGGAAGCAUCACCGUCCCUUUGAUUCUCGCGCUCGGCCUUGGCAUCGCCGAGCAGGUGGACACCGCGGAGAGCGAUGUCUCUGGCUUCGCGUCGCUCGGACCGCUGGGCGUCCUCGGCUGCGCGUCCGUCUGGCCCAUCUGCACCGUACUGAUUGCAUUCCGCUCCCGCGCUCCCACUUCCGCUGUCGCCGUGAUUAACGACGAUUGGCCGGCUGAGCAGCGACCACCGCCAAUCGCCAGCGGGGCACCAAAAGGGCGACCGGCGUCUGGGGACGCGCGGGAGCCAACUUCACCGGACUGCGUCACGCAGCUGGACAUUUCUCAGUUUCAGGUGCCCCACCAGGGCCUCGAGCUGCAGGUUGCUCAUUGCUGA